UGGUGGCGGCAACAUGGCUCUCAUCCCGUCUCAGGUGCUGCGGGUCGCCAUUCUGCUCUCCUAUCUCUCAACCCUGUGCAGCUACAGAGCUCUCGAUAUCCCGGCCCACCAGACCUACGGAGGCAGCUGGAAGUUCCUCACGUUCAUUAACCUGGUUAUCCAAACUGUAUUCUUUGGGAUCAGCGUCCUAACGGAUCUGUCCAGCCUCUUGACCCAAGGCUCCGAUGACCUAGAACAACAGAGACAACUGAGGAAGUUGAUCUCCCUUCGGGAUUGGCUCAUGGCUGUCCUGGCGUUUCCUGUUGGAGUGUUGGUUGUGACAAUGUUCUGGGCUCUGUACCUGUAUGAUCGAGAACUGGUUUACCCAAAAAUAUUGGACAACUUUAUACCACAGUGGAUUAACCAUGGCAUGCACACCACAGUCCUUCCCUUCAUUCUGAUUGAAAUGAGGACAACUCAUCAUCAUUACCCAAACAGAACGACAGGCCAGGCUGCCGUUAGCUUCUUUUCCACUGGAUAUAUUCUAUGGAUUUGUUGGGUCCAUCACGUGACGGGAAUGUGGGUCUAUCCACUCCUCGACCACCUACCCAGCUUUCCGAAGCUGUUUGUCUUCGUCUCAUCGGUGGGUGUCAUCAAUGUAUUGUACCUGAUGGGUGAAACACUAAAUGGUUACAUCUGGGACAAGUCAAGAUAUAUAGAAGAAAAACUCAAAGAUAAGAACAAGGUCGACUGAUACAAGCCAGACAAGGUCAUUCGAGGACCAGAUGGACGGAUGGAGACAUAAAUUCUGCCUCAUCAUCAAAAUGGAUCCGAUGUUUACACCAUUAAAUCACCUGAAUCCAUAUCAUCUGACUAACCAAAUCAUCCCAUCAAAACUAGUUAUUAAUUCGUAAUUAGUAAUACUCUUACUUGUGAAGUACAGAAGUUCAGUUUAGGUAUGCAAUAUCUUUGAACACUGGUGAGAACACAGUUUUUCUAGGAUCAGUGGUGGUUUUCAGUCAAUGUAAUCAAGCAAACUGGUUCCUUAUCUUCAUUGGGUUUGACAAACAUACCUGAUCUGAUCCUUCUCAUACUGUUUCUCUGUCAGUCUUCUACCCUCAGUGGUCACUUUAUUAGGUACACUUGUACACCAGCUCGUUAAUGCAAAUAUCUAAUCAGUCAAUCAUGUGGCAGCAACUCAAUGCAUAGUAACAUGCGGACUUCAUCAAGAGGUUCAGUUGUUGUUCAGACCAAACAUCAGAAUUGGGAAGAAAUGUGAUCUGAGUGACUUUGAUCUUGGAAUGAUUGUUGCUGCCAGAUGGAGCAGCUUGAGUAUCUCAGAAACUGCUGAUCUCCUGGGAGUUUGACACACAACGGUUUCUAGAGUUUACAGAGAAAGUUGUGAAAAACAAAAGCGUCCAAUGAGUGAUAGUUCUGUGGGCAAAGAUGCCUUGUUAUUGAGAGAGGUCAGAGGAGAAUGAGCAGACUGGUUCAAGCUGACAGGAAGGCAACAGUAACUCAAAUAACCCAACAGUUCAAAGUUCAAAACUUUACCUUUGUUAGUAAAUGGUAACAUAUAUGUACUUUGAUUUUUUUUAAACUUUGAACUUUGAACUCCUGUAACACGUGUGCAGAAGUGUAUUUCUGAACACGAAACAUGUCGAACCUUGAAGUAGAUGGGCUACAAUCGCAGAUGACGACAAAUAUACAUACAAUGGUCGCUUUGUUAGGUACAUGAGGUGCUGACCAAAUACUUAUACUUUAUUGUUGCCAAACAAUUGAUACUAGAACGUACGAUCAUCACAGCGAUAUUUGAUUCUGUGCUUCCCGCUCCCUGGAUUACAAAUUUAUAGUAAAUAUUAAAAAUUUAAAUUAUAAAUCAUAAAUAGAAAAUAGGAAAAUGGAAAGUAAGGUAGUGCAAAAAAACCGAGAGGCAGGUCCGGAUAUUUGGAGGGUACGGCCCAAAUCUGGGUCAGGAUCCAUUCAGCAGUCUUAUCACAGUUGGAAAGAAGCUGUUCCCAAAUCUGGCCGUACAAUUCUUCAAGCUCCUGAGCCUUCUCCCGGAGGGAAGAGGGAUGAAAAGUGUGUUGGCUGGGUGGGUUGCGUCCUUGAUUAUCCUGGCAGCACUGCUCUGACAGUGUGCGGUGUAAAGUGAGUCCAAGGAUGGAAGAUUGGUUUGUGUGAUGUGCUGCGCCAUGUUCAUGAUCUUCUGCAGCUUCUUCCGGUCUUGGGACAGGACAACUUCCAUACCAGGUUGUGAGGCACCCUAGAAGAAUGCUUUCUACAGUGCAUCUAUAAAAAUUAGUGAGGGUUUUAGGGGACAGGCCAAAUUUCUUUAGUUUUCUCAGGAAGUAAAGGCGCUGGUGGGCCUUCUUGGCAGUGAACUCUGCUUGGUUGGACCAAGUCAGAUCAUUUGUGAUAUUGACCCUGAGGAACUUAAAGCUUUUGACCAGUUCCACUUGCAUGCUACCGAUGUAAAUUGGGUCGUGUGGUCUGCUACUCCUUCGGAAGUCAACAACCAAUUCCUUCGUCUUGCUGACAUUGAGGGAUAGCAUUGAGAAAUACUGUGAUUACUGAGAAACAUACGUUUUCUGCUCCUGCUCAAACUUUCUUUGUCAGUCUUAUACAUCUGGCCACUCUGUUAUGAAGAGCUGCUGUGUUAACAUUUCUCUGAGCCUCCUCCAACCCAAUGGCAAAUGCAGAGAUGCAAGGCCUGUUAUAUUUUAGCAGCAGGGACUGGGAAGAGCCAAUUGGAUCCAAUUUCAACAUUUAAGAGAAGUUUGUACAACUAUAUGGAUGGGAGGCGUAUGGUCCAAGAGCAGGUCAAUGGGACUAGGUAGAAUUUUUGGCAGGGACUAGAUGGGCUGAAGUACAGCGGUACUCUAUGACGCUAAAUGCAUAAUGCAAGGGGGCAUAAUUUUAAGGUGAAAGUAUAGGAGGGAUGUCAGAGAUAGGUUUUUACACAGAGAGUGGAACACCCUGGCAGGGGUGGUGGUUGUUGUUCAUCCAUCGUACGUCGAUGAGGACCCCGACACCAUUAUUGAUGGUGUCGAGACUAGCGCGUGAUUUGGAUUUAAGUGAGGGAGAGUUGCACAGCGUCAGCCUCACUCUCUCUUCCCAAUUCCCAUCUGGAUCCAGUGGCAAGACAGAGUCGAGACGGCUGGAGAUGGGACUAGGCGCAGUGGAUGACCAGGACGUCUUCUGUGUCUUGUCCUGCUCUACACGUUCCACGAUGCUUGCAGAGACCGCCUUCUUGACCGUUGGACCUUCCAUUGGUCUCGUCUGCUCAAUCCGCCGGAGUCUGUCUUCACAUGCUGGGAUAGACAUGUGAUCUCACCGAGGGUUUGAGACCCGUCGGCUACGCUCACCUGGUUUAGCCGGCUUGUUGAAACCGUUGAUACAUUAGGGACUUUAAGAGAUUCUGAGGCACAUGGAUGACAGAAAAUUUGGAGUGCUAUGUAAGGUGGAAGGGUUAGAUUGAUCUUAGGAUCAGUUAAAUGGUCGGCACAACACCGUAUGCUAAAGGGCCUGUACUGUGUUGUAGUGUACUAUGUUCUAUGUUUUAAAUGAGCAUAGUUCUGGGGUUUAGACAUGGUGACCAUCUUGAGUGGUGGGGUGGAGAUACAACUCUAACAAAGGAGGUGUAAGGCGCUCCUUUCCUCUACUAGCCUGCAGGUCACUUGUAGUCCCCAAUCAGGCUCAUGUGAAGCCAUGGGGGCAGGUCAUAAGAGCAUCUGAUGCGUAACACAAGUCCUGGUUAUGUGACCACUGCUGCCAGACAAAGUAUUGAUAAUGGUUGAGGUCACCCAUCUUGUAAAGUCCCUGCCCAGAAGAAGGCAUUGGCAUAUCACUACCAUAAAAAAAGUUGCUAAGAAAAUCAUGGUCAUGGGAAGACAAAGAUUGCCCAUGUCAUAUGACCUGGCACAUAAUGACGACAAAGAUCUUAUUUUCAAGUGAAGAUGUUUUUGAUGGAAAAGAGCAUGGUGUUUAGACAUGUCAGUCCAUGGCUUCCUCUACUACUGCGAGUGAGGCCACACUCAGGUUGGAGAAGCAACACCUUAUACUCCAUCUGGGUAGCUUCCAAGCUGUUGGGAUGAACAUCAAAUUCCCAAACCUGGUAAUGGCACCCCCCCCCCAUUUCACCAUUCCCUAUUCCCAAUUCCCUCUUUCAGUUCACCUCCUUAUCUGCCCAUCACCUCUCUCUGGUGCUUCUCCCCCUUCCCUUUCUUCCAUAGUCUUCUACUCUCUCCUCUCAGAUUCCUCCUUCUCCAACCCUUUAUCUCUUUCACCAAUCCAGUUCUUAGCUCUUUACUUCACAACUCCCCCUCUCCUGGUUUCACCUGUCUCCUGCCCGUUGUACUCCUUCCUCCCUUUCCCUGCAUUCUAACUCUGACUUCUCAUCUUUUUCUCCAGUGCUGAUGAAGAGCCCGGCCUGAAACGGCAACUGUUUACACUUUUCCAUAGAUGCUGCCUGACCCAUUGAGUUCCUGCAGCAUUUUGUGUGUGUUACUUUGGUUUCCAGCAUCUGCAGAGUUUCUCUUGUUUGUGCUAUCCUGUUGCACUUCUUGGUCACAGAUUAGCCUAAGUAAAUAACUGAUAUGUAUUUUAUAGAAGGCGUACACUGCAGCCACAGUGGAGAACAUGAGUGACUCAGGGUGGUGAACAGGAAGAUGAUCACAUAGCCUGUCUUGUUCUGUACAUUGACGGACUUAUUCAGUGUUGUUGAACAUGCUUUCAAAGGUUCAAUGGCUCCAUUUAACAUCGCAGAAUGUAUGCAGCAUACGAGCUGAAAUUCUGGCUCUUCGCAGUCACCCAUGAAACAGAAGAAACACCCCAAAGAGUGAAUGACAGAAAAACGUUAGAACACCAAAGCCUCCGCUCCCCCUCCACGCACAAGCAGCAGCAAAACAUCAACACUCCCCCUCUCCCCACUUGUUCUAGCAGAAGGCAUUAGCCCUCCACUACCCAUCAUACAAGCAACAGUAAAGCCCCCAAAGAGACCAUGAUCUAGAAUCCAUCAAACUCCACAUUCAGGCAAAACUAAGAAUAUUCUAUUCCUCUCCUGAGUUGAGCCUUGUCCAUUUGUGGUGUUGGGAGAUAAGUCACCUGCUACCUAUAACUCAGCUUCAGACCUGUCUUUGUGGCCUCUGGGUUGGCUUAGUUGAGUUUUUGAUGAAUGUUGAAAGCUGGUGCGUUGAUGGUGGGGAACUGGAAGAUGAUGAUACCAUUGAACACUAAGUGUAGAUGGUGCCACGCAGCAGAUGGUCAUGAUUUGGCCCUUCUGUGGGGCAUACACUACACGCCAACUGAACAGAUCACGGCUCCUUAUAGACACAAGAGAUUCUGCAGAUGCUGGAAAUUUUCAGCAACACACACACAAAAUGUUGGGGGAACUGGGCAGAUUGGGCAGCAUCUAUGGAGGGGAAUAAAUAGUCGGUGUUUCAGCCUAGGUCCUUCAGCUCCUCAUAGUUAUUUCCUGAUUCUUUUCAUGUGAUGAGGCUGUCUGUUUCCGCCCCUCUCCCCCCACCCCAUUUCACACGUGAGCUCCUGGUGUCCACAUCAGGUGGAAAAAAAUCCUUCCUCAAAGCCUGUGCUUCAAUUAACAAAUGGAAAGGAGGGUAUGGUUCAGGUGCAAGUUGAAUGGAAGAGACAGAAUAAUAGUUCAAAAGGGACUAAAUUGUCUGAAGGCCUCUUUAUGUGCUGUACUGCUCUAUGAAUUAAAUCUCUGUCCACCAGUUAUAAGACCAUAAGACCACGAGACGUAAGAUCAGAAUUGGGCCUAUCAGUGAAUCAGGUCUCCUCCACUAUUCCAUCGUGGCUGACUUAUUAUCCCUCUCAACCCCUUUCUUUUGCCUUAUCCCCAUACCCUUUCACACUCUGACCAACCAAGAAUCUAUCAACCUCUACUUUAAAUAUCCUCAACAACUUGGCCUUCACACCCAUCCAUGGCAACAAAUUCCACAGAUACACCACCACUAGCUAAAAAAAUUCCUUUUCAUCUUGGUUCUGAAAAGACAUCCCUAUAUUCUGAGGCUGUGUCCUCUGGUCUUAGGCUUCCCCCUCUAUAGGAAACAUCCAUCCUUUCCAAAUCCACUUUAUCUAGGCCUUUCAAGAUUCGCUAGGUUUCAAUGAGAUCACACCUCAUUUUUCUAAACCCCAGUGAAUGCAGACCGAGAGUCAUCAAACACUCCUCAUACGUUAGUUGUUUAAUUCCCAGAAUCAUUCUCACUAACCUCCUCUGGAACCUCUCCAAUACCAGCACAUCCUUUCUGAGAUAAGGGGCCCAAGUCUGCUCACAAUACUCCAAGUGCAGCCUGACCAAUGCUUUAUAAGGCCUCAGCAUUACAUCCUUGCUCUGAUAUUCUAGUCUUCAAAAUGAAUAACAUGGAAUGUGCUUUCCUUGCCAAUAAGCUGGAGGAAUUCAGCAGGUCAGGCAGCAUCUAUAGAUGAAAAUGAACAGUCAAUGUUUCCAGCCAAGACUCUUCAUUAGGAUGUCCUGAUGAAGGAAAAUACAACACUGGCUGCUGUUUUCCCUCCAGAGAUGCUGCUUGAUGAGUUGACUUCUUCCUGCAUUUUGUGUCAUCAGGAUUUCCAGCACUGGCAGUUUCUGUUGUGUCACCAGAGGGUGAGGCAAGACCUGACAGAAGUUUAUAAAAAUUAUAAGACCAUAAGACGUAGGAGCAGGAUUGGACCAUUUGGCCCAUCAAAUCUUCUCUGCCAUUCCAUCAAGGCUGAUUUAUUAUCCCAUUCUCCUGCCUUCUCCCCAUACCUCUGGCACCUUCACUAACUGAUCAACCUCUGCUUUAAAUAUACCCAUUGACUUGGCCUCCAGAGCCAUCUGUCGAUGUAUUCCACAGAUUCAAUUCCAUAUAGCCAUAUAACAAUUACAGCACGGAAACAGGCCAUCUCAGCCCUUCUAUUCCAUACGGAACUCCCACCUAGUCUCACCGACCUGCACUCAGCCCAUAAUCCUCCAUUCCAGAAAUUCAAUUCCUCCAACUCUGUUCUAAAGGGGCCUCCUUCUUCUACUCUGAGGCUGCACUCCCCCAUUACCAGAAACAUCCUCUCCAUAUCUACUUUUUAUACCUUUCAAUAUUUGAUACGUUUCGAUGAGAUCCCCCUUCAUUCUACUAAAUUCCAGCGAAUACAGACCCAGAGCGAUCAAACGCUCUUCAUACAUUAACCCUUAAUAUACCUCCUUCUCCUUGGUGAACACUGAUACAGGGUUCUCAUUUUAGGAUCUGCUCUAGUUCCACGCAUAAGUUCCCCAGCUACUUUCUUGUUCUUACUAUGCAAAAGUCAUAGGCAUACUAGAUGUUUUAUAUGGUUUCAGAUGGUACGGCCUCCACAGAGCCCUGAUCUCAACAUCAUCCGGGCUGCCUGGGAUCACCUGCAGAGAAAGAAGCAAGCGCAACAGUCAAAGUCUGCAGAAGAACUGUGGCAAGUUCCCUAAGAUGCUUGGAACAACCUACUAGCUGAUUUUCUUAUAAAACUGCAAAACAGCAUAUCUAAGUGAUUUGAUGCAGUUUUAAAGGCAUACUAGGUAUUGAUCUGAUUUACUUUUUACUGCUCUUCAGAACAAAUUUUAGAAAUUUUUGAUUUCACUGUUUUGGAAAGCAUCUUCACUUUACAGAAUUGUGUUUUUAUACAAGUCACUAAGUCUUUUGCACAUUACUGUACGUAUAACAUGAACAUAGAGCAUUGAACAUUACAUCACAUCUGCCUUUGGAGUGGGUCCUUCCCGGGAAACUGGGUCAGGCAGCAGUUGAGGUCCGUUCACUCACUCCUCCUUAACAGCAUCUGCCCCAGGGAAACUGAAGUACCAUUCUAAUUGUGAAAGGCAGCCUGAAACACCUGCUUUGCAGUGUUAGACAUAGAACAUUACAGUGCAGAACAGGCUCACGGCUCACAAUGUACCAACUUUCUAACCUACUCUAAGAUCAAUUUAAUCCUUCCCUCCUACAUCGCGCUCCAUUGUUCUUAUCAUUCAUUCCUUAGCCAGAGGACGGUGAAUCUGUGGAAUUCGUUGCCGCAGACAGCUGGGGAGGCCAAGUCAUUGGGUAUAUUCAAUCCCAAAGUUGAUAGGUUCUUGAUUAGUCAAGGCAUCAAAAGUUACAGGGAGAAAGCUGGAGAAUGGUUUUGAGAGGGAUAAUAAAUCAGCAGAGUGGAUUCAAUGAGCUGAAGGGCCUAAUUCCAUUUAUUUGUCUAAUGGGAAAAAAGAGGGCCAUGUUGAUAUUCAGAGGCACGUCAAUAUUACGGUAAGAAGCAAGAGAUGCUGUCUUGGAAAUCAGUGGAUGUCCACAGCUUGAUGGGAUCUCUCCCAGGAUACUGAGAGAUACAGGGAGGAACUGCUGGGGUCCUGACAGAGAUCUCUGCGUCGUCGUUAGCUAUGGCUGGAGUUCUGAAAGACUGGAGAAGAUCCAAGGCUGUUCCUUGGUUUAAGAAUGGUACUGAGGACAAGCUGUAGACUAGUGAGCCUAACAUCAGUGAAGGGAAAUAAUCUGAGAAGAUCCAUAGGGUCAGGAUUUACCUGCUUCUGGGAGAACAUGGACCUACCAGGGAUGGUCAGUAUUGACUUUGUGUGUGCCGCACAAAUUUGAUUGAGUCUUUUGAGGAUAGUGGAUGAGGGUAGCACAGUAGAUGUUGUCUACACAGACUUCAGUAAAUCAUUUAAGGUCUCUCAUGGCAGGCUGGUCUUGAAGAUUAAGACAUAUAGGAUCCAUGAAGAAUGCUAAAUUUGAUACAAAAUUGGCUUAAGUCAGAGAAGAAUCAGGAUCAGGUUUAAUAUGACUGACAUGCUGUAUGUCAUGAAAUUCAUUGCAAUACAAUGCAAUGCAUAAAAAUUAGAGUAAGUUCCAAUAAGAAUAUAUAAAACAUAUAGUGCAAAAAGAGAACAAAAUAAUGAGGUCGUGCCCAUGGGGUCUAUUCCGUUCGCAUGGGCUGAUCUGCCCCACACAGGUGCACAGUAUUCUGCAGGUGCAGGUGCAUAGCAGAGUGCUAGGGCAGUUGACUCUAAGUGUGAGCAUUAGCUCCCCAUUUCAUGCCUUCUAAUUUUUUCAAGAGAGAAUUGUGAGAGCCAACUUUCCUUCGAAGUUUUUGGAUGUGGGUGGCAAAUGAGAGCGCCCUAUCCAGUGUCACACCCAGGUAAAUUGGAGUCGGAUGGUGUUCGAGCUCCUCCCCACACCAGAAGAUCUUGAGUUUCCGAACUGCUUCUCAAUUCCUCAGGUGAAAUGCACACACUUGAGUUUUUGAUGGAUUUGGGUUCAGAGACCAUUUUUCAUAAUACUGUUUCAUUGCAUCGAGGACUGCUGUAAGUCGUACUUCAACUUAUUGGAAGGAGUUAGCUUAUGUUGCUAUGCAUAGGCCGUCUGCAUAGAUAAACCUGCGUGUGUUAGGAAAGGUUGGUUGGUCGUUUGUGUAAACAUUAAAUAGUAAAGGGGCCAAGACUGAUCCCUGUGGUAGUCCGUUCUUUUGUGGACACCACCUACUCUUAAUUCCAUUCAUUUCUACAUAAAAUCUGCAAUUUUCUAGGAGGCUUCUUAUUACUUUGACUGUGGUUUCGUUCUUUAACAUUUUAGAUAAUUUCAGUAGAAGGCCUCUGUGAUUCACAGUGUCGUAUGCUGCUGUUAAGUCAACGAAUACUGCCCCUGUAAUUUGUCGCAUUUCAAAGCCAUCCUCAAUAUACUGGGUUAAGUUCAGGACUUGACCGCAGCAAGAGCGGCCUGACCUGAACCCGGCUUGGUCUAGUGUUAGAUCUUUGAUAUUCUUUAGGGGGAUAUUCUUUUCAGUAUGAGUCUCUCAUAGAGUUUAUAGACAGUGCAGAGCAAGGAAAUCGGUCUGUAAUUUUUAGGAAUGUUGGAGUCUUUAUUGGGUUUUAGGAAAGCAACAACUUUGGCUCUUCUCCACUUUUUAGGUAUUUUAAAUGAUCUUAGGCAACAGUUAAAAAGGUUCAGAAGCCAGUGGAGUGCUUUAGGUCCAAGAUGUUUAAGGAAUUCAUUAAGAAUCCCAUCUAUGCCAGCAGCUUUGUUGGAUUUUAGCUGCUUAACGAAGCCUGCUGAAUAAUUACGGGCACACUGCCCCACACCCACUAACAUCAUUUACAGACUUGCAGGCAUUGCUCCCCCAGAGAUCUGAAGACACACUACAACAAAAAUUGAAAAAGGUAAACAGAACUCGGAUCCACGACACCCACUACAUCAUCACGUGCCAGUUUCCAACCACCUAAAGUCAAGGAAAAGCUUUGCUACAGUGGAGGGACUACUGCAUGGAACAUCCCUCCAAACAUACAGGAUUGACCUCUGGCAACAAACAGAAGCCAGAACCCCACCAAACAAUACUGUGCAAGACCCCACAGAAAUGUUACCAGAGGGGGCACUGCUUGACAGACGGAAGUGGUGCACUCUCAACAGAGCGAGAGCGGGAGGUGGUAGGACGGAAGACAAUAUGGUGAAGUGGGGUUUAAAGAGCAGCGAGUCCUGUAAGUGUGGCGAAAGGGUGCAGUACAUUGAACAUGUUCUGUGCAAUUGCCCACUCUCACCUGAUUUAGCUCACCUGCUCAACAUCAACCAAACAACACUAGAGUGGCUGGCUGUCUGUCUGGUGUGACAAGCUAUGAAUGACAGUGCCCAUAGGAAAUCUGAUAGUGGAGGAGAAGAAACCAUUCUUAAAACCUUCAGACUCCUAUGCGUCCUCCCUGAUGGUGGCAUUGAAAAGAGGGCAUUUGCUAGAUAUUGACAGUGCUUCAUGAUGGAUGCUUCCUUUUUGCGGCGUCAUCUUUUGAAGAUAUCCUCAACAGUCGGGAGGCUAAUGCCCACGAUGGAACUGGUUGAGUUUGUAACCGUCUGCAGUAUUUCCAAUCCUGUGCAUUGGAGUCUCCAUACCAGAUGGUGAUGCACCACGUCUGAAUACUCACCACCUUACAUCUGUAGAAUCUUCAGUACAUACCAAAUCUCCGAGCCUGAUGGUUGAGUCGUAAUAACUGUUUUUGAACCUGGUGGUGUGAGUCCUGAGGCUCUUGGAUCUACUACCUAAUGGCAACAGUGGGAAAAGACCGUGACCUGGGUGCUGGGGAUCACUGAUGGUGGAUGCUGCUUUCCUGAAACAGCAUUUCAUGUGGAUGUGCUCACUGGUUGAGGAGGGUUUUACCCGUGAUGUACUAGGCAUUAGUGUUCCCAUACCAGGCUGUGAUGCUGCCAGUCAAUGUAUUCGAUAAUAUCAGUAGUCAAUAUAAAUGGUAGUACACGGACGAGCUGUCAGAGGAAGUGGUUGACGCAGGUACAAUAGUAUAAUUGAAGAAGCACUUGGAGGGGCGAGGUUUAGAGGAAUAUGGGCGAAAUGCAGGACAUUGGGUCUAGAUGUGUGAGCACCAUAACAGCAUGCACUGGUGGGGCUGAAGGGCCUCUAAUGCUUUAUGACUCAUAUGGAGCAUUAACUCUAGGAUGGACCUCUUGGUCUUCAGUGGUGUAAAUUUGAUCAGUCUAUACCCUUGCAUUCAAUAACUACAGUUCUAUGAUAGGCUUUAAAGAGGGUGCAGAGAAAGUUCACGAGGAUGCUGCCUUCAUUAGAGUGUAUGUGUUAUGAGAAGAGGUUGGACAAACUUGGGUUCUUUUCUCCGGAGCGUUGGAGGUGGAGAAGUUUACAAAAUUAUGAAAAACACAGAGUAGCAGUCGGUCUGUAUUUUCUGAGGGAGAAAUAAAAAAAUGACUGUAAGUUAUAAUAAUAGUGUAAAAGAAGAACCGUGAGUUAGUGUUCAUUGGUUCAUGGACUGUUCAGAAAUCUGAUACAGAGGGGAAGAAGUUCCUCUACUUUUCUCUACUUAUCUUUAAUGGAUGUCCUCUGGUCUUGGCCAGUGCUCGCACUUGGAAAGUGGAGCUGUCUGUCCACUCUGACUAAGCCUCAUACUUUGUGGUUUGUAUGUUUUGGACUUUCUCCCCUCUGAUCGAGCAUUGGGCUGUGUCUCUCUGUAGAAAUGGCUCUAACCUAACUGCUUGGAAAUACUAUCCAAAUACUAACCACCUGUAGAUUUUUGCCAACAUGCCCACCAUGUUAUUAGUUGCAAUCAAAGCCAAUCAUGUGCAGAAUCCAAUAUACAAAAGAACAUAUGAAUCAGAUUUUAUGAUGCCCAUCACGGAUAAUGGUUAUUGGUGACAAUUGACAUGUGGCUAUUGUUGGGACACUUAGCUCUGUGACUCUGACUGUGUUGCUGGGAUUUGAGGACCUGGGUUUAGGGAAAGGAUGAAUAGAUUAAGUUGAGAGGAAGAGAAAGGGAGGGGGAGAGACAGAAAGAAACAGAAAGAAGAGGAGAGGAAAGGGGAGAAAGAGAGGGCAAGAGAGUGCAGAAGAAAGAGAGAGAGGAAGAGAAUGAGAGAGAGAAAGCGGAGAGUAGGAAAGAGAAAGAAAAGGAGAGAGAAAGAGAGGGAGAGAGAGAGAAAGAAGGAGAGAGAGAGAGGGAGAGAGAGUGAAAGCGAAUAGUGUUAUUUGAAUGAGGGGAGAUUUGACUGAGGUAUACAAAAUUAUGAAGGGUAUAGAUAGGCUAAGUGCAAGCAGGCUUUUUUCCACUGAGGUUGGGUGUGACUAGAACUAGAGGUCAUAGGUUAAGCACGGAGAGUGAAACACAUAAGGCGGAACUUCACUCAGUUGGUGGCGUGAGUGUGGAAUGAGCUACCAGAGGGAAUGUUGGAUUCAGGUUUGUUUGCAACAUUUAAGAGAGGUUUGAACAAGUACAUGGACAGGAGGGAUAGGGAAAGCUUUGGUCCAGGUGCGGUUAGAUGGGAUUAGGCAGAAAACAGGGCAGCAUGGAACAGAUGAGCCAAAUGGCCGUUCUCUGUGCUGUUCUGCUCUGUGAUUCUAUGACUCUAUGUUUAAUCAUCACGUGUGCAUAAAGGAAAUGGAAACUAUCCCCAGCUUACUUUCCCUGUUGUGUUGAAAUUCACUUCAAAUUCAAGCAAUAAAUAGA